AGCAAAGGGAAGGGAGGAAGCACGGCUCUGGGCAGGAGAGAGGAAGAAUCAUUCUCCUUCCUGCCCCGGCCCACAGACCCCUGCCCCUUGUAAGACCAGCAUCUGCCACGGCUGUACUUCACCAGAGCCCGGUGUGGGCACGCUGCGGAGGGGGCGGCCAGCUCACCGGACCUGGUCGCAGUGGCUGCGAUUGCGUCUGGAGUGAUGCCAUAGGAAGGAGCACACGGCUGCCCGCCUCUGCUGCCAGGGGGAGGAUGGAGCACUGUGAGCGGCCUCCUGACCCCUGCUGUGCCCCACACCCAUGCCCAGCCUCUGCCCAGGACAGUUCCCAGCACGGUGCCGUGGUUUUGCAGAAGGAAGCUGGAGCCGGCUCACCCCUGCUUCGCUUGCCGGGAAGAAGCGGCCCGCUGCAGCCUGCCCUGGGAUUUCCCUUUCUUUGGCAAACCCUGCCCCUGCCAGGGCCUGUUCUGGGAAACCCGCGGCUCUGCCCGCAGGGCCACAGGGCUCCAGGACCCAUAGGGCAGAGCCAACUGGAAGCAGUGGGGACUUCAGCCACCUGUGAUGGGUCUCAGUCCUAGCCAGCCAGGCACACCAAACGCCAGCCCCGUAUGGGGUUGCAUGGUGCAUCAGGUGCAUCUCCGCUCCAGGCAGAAGGGACCUGGAGGUGGCACGGGGUAGCCCUGGGCUCAGCGGUGCCAGCUCUAGUCAUGGCCCCUGAGCCCUGGGGUGGCUUCCAGCGGGGGCAAAUGGGAUGCAGACACAGCAGCCUGUUUCCUCCGGGUGGGAUGAGCCAGCAGGUUUCCGGGUGCUGGGCUGGCUGGUGGAGACACCAAGGGUGGGGAAGUGCACGAGCACGGAGAGCGGCCCUGUGUCUCAGUUUCCCUAGCCGGACACAGGGCUGGAAACAGCUCUCUGCACCCCCACACCCCACAUUUAACUACACGCUUCCCUGCAGCCCUGACAGCCCCCCUGGUGCUGCUCCCCCAGGGCCGGGGCUUUGCACGACGCCCCCCACGGCUGCGCGGAGAUAAGAGCUCAGCCCGCACAAACCCGCGGCCUGCGUCGGACUUGCAGCGAUAAGGGCUGGAAACCCGCCAGGCGCAAGGCGCGCAGGGGCCGAGCGGGGCCGGGAAGGAAGGGCGGCGCUCACGGGGACAGCGGGCGGCUGGGCCCGCGGGGGAGCCGGGGGUCUUUAUCAGCAGGCAGCAGCUGGGGCGGGGGGCGUCAGAGAGACCAGCGCCGAGCCAAGGGCUGGCAUGGGCCCAGGCACCACGGUGAUGGGCACAGUGCUGCAGGAAGGCCUGGGUCCCCCCAAAUCCCCAGCAACGGGGGUCUGGAGGGGACCUUGGCCUCCACAAUCACCGCAGUAGGGCCCCUCCUAUGGAGCAGGGCAGCUGCCUCCAGGCCCAGUGGCCAGCCCCUGCCCGGCUCGCGCCCCGUGGGCGGUCGACGUGCUUCCAACACGAGGUCAAAGUCAAGGCACUGCUGAGUGCUGCCAGCCCAGGCGGCGGUGGCCUUGGCUCUGGGGCCGUGCCAUCGUCUGCCAAAUCCUUGGGGACGGAGGGCGCUGUGCUGUCUCUGGGCACAUGCGGACUUGGAAAGGGCUGUGGAGCAAGUCAGGGAAGCAGCCAGACACCAGGCGAAGGCAGGCAGGGCAAAGGGAAGCCUGUGAGCCCCAGGUGCACAGCUGCUUUCCCAGCAGCCACAUCCAUCCCAGGCGCCCGGACAGCGAAAGGGGUGAAGAAAGCUCCGGAGACAGCUUGCGACGGAUGAGCAUGACCAUGCUGAAGAUCCUCGGCACAGCUCCGCUCCGCAAGAAGCGGCUGGACUCGGGAGAGGCCCCGGAUGCCGAGAGCCCCAAAGCCAAGCGCCCGCGCCUGGGCCCACUGCCGGGAUUCGUGCCCUGCCUACAACCUCUGGCCCCAUCUCGCAGCAACGAGGAGCACGACGCGAGGGUCCUGCAGAUCGGGCCGUACGUCCUGCUGGAGCCCAGGGACGGGGGCCGCUCCUACCGCGCCGUGCACCGGCCCACGGAGGCCGAGUACAGCUGCAAGGUCUACCCGAUGAGGAGCUACCAGGAGGCGAUGGCCCCGUACGGACGGCUCCCGCCGCACCCCAGCGUGGCCCGGGGGGGCGAGGCGGUCCAGGGAGACCGAGGGGAGGCGGGGCGGGUCCGGGGGGCGGGGGCUGCUGGGCCUGGGGGGAGGCUCAAUGCACCUCUCCAGCCGGGCACAGGCUGCGGGGUGCCGGGGGCACAGCGAACUACAGACCUGCCAUCAACUGGUCCUUGCCCGGGGGACGCGAUGUCGUCCAGGUGCCCGGGCUCCUGGCGCCUGCCCGGCCGCGGCGGGGGCUGUGGCCUGUGGGUGUGGGUGACCCUGGUCGCUAACACCCGCAGGACCAGGCUGGUGCUGGAGAGCCUGGAGGACGCGUGUGUCCUGAGCGGCCCCGAUGACGCCCUGUCGGACAAGCACGGCUGCCCGGCCUACGUGGGCCCCGAGAUCCUCCACACCAGGCCGCGGUACUCGGGGAAGGCGGCCGACGUGUGGAGCCUGGGCGUGGUGCUGUACACCAUGCUGGUGGGGCGCUACCCCUUCCAGGAGGCCGAGCCCACCCUGCUCUUCAGCAAGAUCCGCCACGGUGCCUUCGCCAUCCCCGGCGGCCUCUCGCCCCGCGCCCGGUGCCUCGUCCGCUGCCUGCUGCGCAAGACCCCGGCAGAGCGGCUCAGCACCCCGGGCAUCCUGCUGCACCCCUGGCUUGCCGGCGGCGGGGGGGCCACCCAGGAGCCCUGCUCCGGCCCCUCCUGGAGGCGGGGGCUGGACCAAGUGGUGCCGGACGUCAGGGGCAGGAGGGAUGAGGAGGAGCAGGAGGAAGACUUGUACAGCUGAGCCUCUGGAGAGCCCCCAGGACGUGCUAGCCAAGUGA